UUGACAAUUGGAGCAAUGGUAGGGGCAGUCGUGAGUGGUAAGAUAGCAGAUCGACUUGGGCGGAGAAUGGUUUCUUGGUUGCUUGAUGCUGGACGACUAUUGAUCGGAUAUGGAAUAGGGGUUCUCUCUUAUGUGGUACCAGUUUACAUAGCAGAAAUAUCACCUCAAAACCUUCGCGGAGCUUUUACCACUGUUAAUCAGCUGAUGAUAUGUGUUGGAGUAUCUGUAAUGUGGCUUAUUGGAACAUUCUUUCCUUGGCGCACCCUAGCUCUAAUCGGAAUCAUUCCGUGUCUACUACAGGUUAUAGGCCUGUUCUUCAUUCCUGAAUCUCCUAGAUGGCUGGCAAAAAUUGGUAUGUGGGAAGACUGCGAGUCUGCACUUCACAGGCUUAGGGGAAAGAACGUAAAAAUCUUUGAAGAAGCAGCUGAAAUCAGAGAUUAUACCAAAACACUUCACCAGCUGUCAGAAACUAGAGUCUUUGAUUUGUUCCAACCGACAUAUGCUAAAUCUCUUAUUGUUGGAGUUGGACUUAUGGUAUUGCAGCAAUUGGGAGGCGUGAACGCAAUUGCAUUUUACGUGGAUUCUAUCUUUAUUUCUGCUGGUUUUUCAAGUACCAUUGGUUCAAUAGCAAUGGUCAUUGUUCAGGUUCCAUUUACCUUAUUAGGUGUCCUUCUGAUGGAUAUUUCAGGUAGACGACCACUUCUGAUGGUACUGGCUGCAUCUUGGUUUCACACGACUAGAAUAUAUUAUUAUUUUACAUUAAAAUUAAACAUGUUAUAUAGGGAUGCUAAACCUGUCGUGUUUGCGGUUUGGAGGGUCCAACUUUACAUGAAUCCGAAAAUGGUUUCUGCUGCUGGAACGUGCUUAGGUUGUUUCCUCACAGGAAUAUCAUUCUUGCUACAGGACCUUCAAGUGAAUAACUGGUUCAGCCCCAUUUUGGCACUUGUUGGGGUGUUGGUAUUUUCGGGAUCUUUUUCAUUGGGCAUGGGAGGAAUUCCAUGGGUCAUUAUGUCUGAGAUCUUUCCUAUAAAUAUUAAGGGUUCAGCUGGAAGCCUCGUGACAGUAGUUAAUUGGUUUGGUUCAUGGGUCGUUUCGUAUGCGUUUAACUUCCUUAUGAAGUGGAGUUCGGAAGGUCCUCUCUCUCACACACACACACACACAAACACACAUGUGUGUAUGCGUGUUGCAUGUUAUCUUGCUGAUAUGAUAGAAACAACAAGAUACAUUUGCUGAAACUUGCAACAUGACCCUCCCUCCUGCACGCAUUCACAACUAUAUACAAUCCGACAUCAUAGAAGUAGCUUUUAUAUACGGGUCAGGUACCGUUGACCCGAUUGAAAAAUAUUUUAUAACAAAUUAGUGUCUCAAAAAUGAUUACCAAAGUUAUUAGUUGUGUAAUUUCAAUAAUUUAAGGCGUCUUACGUGCCUAAAGAUAUACUUGAGGCGACUUUUGACCCAUUUCUUUUGUCGCUAUUUUUUUAUUCUUAUUUUACUCGUAUGGGUUAGUGUGUAAUUCUUGUCAACCCAUCUAUAGUAAAUAGGAAGAUAAUGCCACCUCUACACUGAGCCAAUAUUGUUUCCUUACAUUUGUAAACACGCACGCUGAGUUGCUUUAAGACUUGAUAGUUAUGUAUUUCCCUCCCAGGAACCUUUUUCAUGUUUGCAAGCAUAUGCUGCUCAACUGUUUUGUUCGUUGCAAAAUUGGUACCGGAGACUAAGGGUCGGACACUUGAAGAAAUACAAGCAUCCAUGAACCCGUUAAUAUCAAACUGAUGUACUGUACUCUCCUUAUAUAAGGCUUGCCUGUGCUAUAAACUUCAUGCUUUAUAAUAUGUUUAAAUCGUUUCAACACUA